UUCCUCUUUGCUUAGGGUCCUGAGUAUAGUAGGAGGGUUUGUUUUUAGCUCGUGUGUGUGUGUGUAUAUAUUAAUAUUAAUAUUAAUAAAAUAUUAACAGUAUUGUUAAAGCGGGUGAUAAAGUGUUCAAGGGAAGCGGAAACUAGUUUAAUUUGUAAUUUUCUUGUUAAAGCUAGUAAAGUGACGUCAGAAUAGGAUUUAGCCUGUUAGCACUGCUGUGUUUUUAACUGUACUAGCUUAGCUAAAUGCUAAUGUAGGUGUACCUGUGAGGUAUCUGAGUCCUUUAUUGUGAGAGAAGUGAGCACAGUGGGUGUGAUUUCAGUUUCAGUAUGAGAUAGACAGGUAAUGUUAGCAAAGCAACAACAACAGCAGCAGCAGCAACAACAACAACAACACUUAACCUACUGAACCAACCACUAAAGACAAGUUUUCUUUCCGUCCUCACAAAUAAACCAUGACGGCCAUGCGCAUCGAUGCCAAGGUGGUCAUGCUGGGGAAGGAGAGCGUGGGGAAAACCAGCCUGGUCGAGAGAUACGUUCACCAUCGCUUCCUUGUUGGACCGUAUCAGAAUACCAUCGGUGCUGCGUUUGUUGCCAAGUCCAUUAACGUUGACGAUAAAGUGAUUACUCUGGGCAUAUGGGACACGGCUGGAUCCGAGCGCUAUGAGGCCAUGAGUAGAAUCUACUACAGAGGAGCCCGAGCUGCCAUCGUGUGUUACGACUUAACAGACAACAGCAGCUUCCAGAGAGCCAGAUUCUGGGUAAAGGAGUUACAGACGUUCGAAGAGCACUGUAAGAUCUAUUUGUGCGGCACCAAGAAUGACCUCGUAGAAGGCAACAGGAGCGCACGGCAAGUCGACUACCAUGACGUACAGGACUUCGUGGAAGAAAUCGGAGCGCAGCAUUUCGAGACAUCAAGCAAAACAGGAAACAAUGUUGACACGCUCUUCAGGAAAGUCGCAGAGGAUUUCAGUAACUCGGCUUUCGAGCUUCUCCAAGAGGAGAAAGGCGUGAACCUGGAGAAGAAGAACUCCUAUUUCUUCACCUGCUGUCAUCACUGACCGAGCACCAGGACGCUGUUGUGUCGGUGUCACGUCACCUCGACGUCUCCUGCCUUUUUAUUUAAAGAAUAAAUUAAAAACAGACUGCAUUGUGGUUUUUUUUUUUUUUUUUUUCCUCUUUCCCAGUUUGAUCAUUGGAGUUUUUUGCGAACCAAAUUUUCAUGAGACUCCUCGAUAAAUGAAAUAAUAAGGACAGACUCUUCUCUGUAUAACGCUGUAAACAGGGAAGAAAUGAGAAGUGGAACCUGCUGUUGGCUGCAUGGAAGUGAUUCUGACUCCGCUUCCUGAUCGCCUUCUCCCCCAAACGCACACCGUGUGAAAGCAGUGAGGGCUGCGUUGGAUGAUCUGAGUUUACAUCAUGUUGCACACUGUUUGUUUGUUUAUUUAUUUGCAGUGCUAAGCUAAAUCAUUGUGGUUGUUUGUUGUUCCCUGAAACACCGAUCAGCCAUAACAUAAAUGCUGACGGGUGAAGUCAAUAACGUUGAUUAUCUCAUUCUCGUUCCAAUGGCACCUGUCAAGGGGUGGGAUAUCUUAGUAUUCGGCAGCAAGAGAACAGCUAGUUUUUGAAGCUGAUGUGUUGGAAGCAGGAAAAAAUGGGCAAGCGUACGGAUCUGAGUGACUGAGAUGACUGAACAUCUCCAAAAUGGCACAUCUUGUGGGGCGUUCCCAGUAUGCACUGGUUAGUGCCGAGCAAAAGUGGUCCAAGGAUCCAAAGGACAACCGGCGACAGGGUCAUGGGUGUCGAAGGCUCGCUGAUUGAUUCACAUGGGGCAUGAAGGCUAGCCCUUAUGGUCCAAUCUCAUAGAAGAGCUUCUGGAGCACAAACUGCUGAGAAAGUUCAUGCUGACACCUUUCUGUUUUAGCCAGCGUUAACCUUUUCAGCAGUUUGUGCUCCAGAAGCUCUUCUAUGGGAUUGGACCAUUUAGGCUAGCCUUCAUGCCCCAUGUGAAUCAAUCAGCAAGCCUUCGACACCCAUGACCCUGUUGGCGGUUGACCGGUUGUCCUUCUUUAGACCACUUUUGUUCGGUACUAACCAGUGCAUACCGGGAACACCCGAAAAGAUGUGCCAUUUUGGAGAUGUUCAGUCAAACCCAGUCAUCUCACCAUCACAAUUUCUCAAAGUCGCUCCUUACGCUUGCCCAUUUUUUUUUUUCCUGUUUCCAACACGUCAACUUCAAGAACUGACUGUUCUCUUGCUGCCUAAUACUAAUAUAUCCCACCCCUUGACAGGUGCCAUUGGAAUGAGAUAUUUAAAUAAUAUUGGCUGUUUUUGUUUUUUUUUUUCCUCGUGGUAUAUUAGAUAUAUUCCAUUCAACUAGCAUUGAGUUGAAGACGAGUAGCUGAAUGGAGUAUAUCUGAUAGACCAUGAUAAAAAGCCGUUAUUAUUAUUAUACAUACACAUUCCUUUCAGGUGUCUUUCUCUUUCAAAAUUCUCUCAAUCUUCCAUAUUUAACGAAGCAAACCUGGCAACAAACGAUGUUCGUUUACAAAUUGUCGCACUCGCUAGUGUCUCCAACAUGCGACGUCAUGUCUUGACAACCGUGCAAUAUCGUAAACCAUAUUCAGCGCUCGUUCUCCAUUGGGUAGAGUGACGCAAUACAGGUAGGAUAAGCGAUAUGCUAACAAUAUUGCAUGCUACCGAACCAAAUAAAUGAAACCUGCUAGAAGGGAAUAGAACACGUUUUUAUUACAUCGAAAAAGUGUCCUGUAUGUAUAAUAAUAAAAACGUUAUUCACUUCUUCACCUGUCAGCGUUUUUUGAUGUUCUUGAUGCGGGUUGUGGAGCCGGUUCUGAACGAGCGAGGUGGUGUUUAAUUUCUAACAGAAUGUCUGCAGAGAAGAAACGUAGACAAAAUUGCUGGGAGAUUAAACAAACAAAAUUCUGUGCAAAGAGUUUUUGUAUUUUAUGGAUGUUCGUUUGCCUGCAUGUUUCUGGAGCGUCCUCAUUUUGAAUGAGCCUCAGUUUUAGGAUUAUUAUUAUUAGUAGGAGUUGUUUUUUUACUUCAUUUACAUCCAAAGCGGAUCUGCAGCACACAUCAUACGUGAUGCUCGUUCAUGUUUACAUUGCAAACAUAAACCCUUUUCAUUUUACUUGAAGAAUUUUGUCUUUGUCGAUGUGAAAAAGCGUCUUCUUGGUUGUGUUAUGACAUCGUCUGUCUGUCUGUAAGCUUCAGCUUAUAUUAUUGUGCCUGUAUAGAACACGCACCACACUAAUGGAAAGUGUUCGCACCACACAAACAGCCUUCUGACACCCAGUGUGUGUUUUGUUCUCAUGAUCCAGUAUCGUGAAGGAGCCUGAAAUCAACAGAGCUCCUGAGCUGAGCUGCACUAAGAUGGCGUUCUCCUUCUAAAGGAAUAACGACGCACAAGGCCUGAGACGUGUGUGUCCAUCAUCGGCAUGUGAACGGAGCAGCAGAUUGAUGACCGUGCGACAAAAAAACUUUCUGUACUUGUCAUUUAUUAUGUACAAAGCGCUACAGGACAAUUAAACGCUCUCACAAGGCA